AUGCAGCCUGUCAAAGAGCAAGGGCUUCUGCCCUCACAGAUUGCUGAGUUUUGUGCUGACACCCCACUGCCAAGGAACCCAACCAAGCUGGGGUUGGACAAGGAGUUUGAUGAGGGGCUGGGCAAAGAGAGUGGCAAGGGGCUUAUACAGGAGGUAGACAAGGAAAUGGCGGACUUGUGGACGCAGGAAUGGGUUGACAACAAGGAAUGGGAACAGGUCCAAGAGGAUGACAAAGGAAUGGAAGGUGGCAAGAGUGGAGAUGAGGAGAACAAUGCAGCACUCACCGCAGAGGAGCCAGUUGAGUACAACAACGAUGGACAGAUUAGUGCACGGUCAAAGGGCAAGGGCCCGGCCACCCACUAG